UAAUAACCAUGCCAACCGAGGAAUAUAGCGCGCGCCGCUGACUGGGGGGGAGAGAGAGAAAAAAAGGGGGAGAAGAAGAAGAGAGCGAGGGGGGAAACCCUCGAAGAAGAACAUAUAUUUAAAACAAAACAAAACAAAACAAAAAAAAACCACACAAAACAUCCGGACACCGUGGAGGAGAACGGACGGGAGAGACGUGUCCUGCAGGGGAGAAGAAGAAGACAAGCGGGGACUGCACUGCUGCAGCUGAAUGAAACUGAUCCAGCUAUGAUUCUCUCCCUGGCCGCCGCAGCAGCCAUGAGUAGCGGCAGCGGUAGCAGCCUCAACUCCUCCUCCCCCCUCGACCCCUUCGACUCCUCCACCACGUGGAGCCUGGCCGAAGACCCCUCCAACUCCUCCUCUGAGCCCGUCGUGCGGACUCUGACCCCCGACCUCCAGCCGGCGACCACCGCCGUAGCUGUCCAGGAAGUUAGCCCCUGGGAUAUCGCACUCUGCGUGACGGGGACGCUCAUCUCCUGCGAGAACGCCCUGGUGAUCGCCGUGCUGUUCUACACGCCGACGCUCCGCGCUCCGAUGUUCAUCCUGAUCGGAUCGUUGGCGGUGGCCGAUCUUCUAGCCGGGCUUGGCCUCAUCUUGAACUUUGUCUUCACCUACCUGGUCGACAGCUCGGUGGAGUUUGUGACGCUGCUGUCGGUCGGACUGCUCAUUUCGGCCUUCUCGGCGUCCGUCCUCAACAUUCUCGCCAUCACAGUGGACCGCUAUCUGUCGCUGUACAAUGCCCUGACCUACCACACCGAACGAACAGUCACCUUCACCUACGUGAUGGUGAUCUUCAUCUGGGUGUCGUGCCUCACGCUCGGCCUGCUGCCGGCUCUUGGCUGGAACUGUCUGAGGGACGAGUCCACGUGCAGCAUCUGCCGGCCCGUCACCAAAAACAACGCCGUGGCGCUCGCCGUCACCUUCCUGCUCGUCUUCGCCCUCAUGAUGCAGCUCUACCUGCAGAUCUGCAAGAUCGCCUUCCGCCACGCGCAGCAGAUCGCCGUGCAGCACCAGUUCGUGGCCAUCUCCACCACCAAAGGCGUCUCAACACUGUCGGCCAUCCUGUGUGCCUUCGGGGCGUGCUGGCUGCCGUUCGCCAUGUAUUCCAUCGUGGCUGACUCCAGCUAUCCCGUAAUAUACACCUACGCAACGGUCCUCCCUGCUACCUGCUGCUCUGUGAUCAACCCCAUCAUCUAUGCGUUCCGGAACCCGGACAUCCAGAAGUCGCUGUGGAUGGCGUGCUGCGGAUGCGUCCCGUCCAACCUUUCCCUCAGACCCAGGACCUCCAGUGACGUGUAGCAGGGACGGCCGGUUUCUGUCUGGCGUGAUGCUCGACGCCGAGUCAGGGUUGAAGGAUGGAGAGGACGCAACGGGGUUCAAGAUGAGAAGGGUUGAAGGUUACGGCGUCCUCGACGCUUCAUAUCAGGGUUGGGAGGCUGAUGGCGAGGGCACGGCUGGCCGCGCGUGGCGAAACGGAGGACGGUGCAUGGUCCAAAAAGAAAAAAAACAAAAAAAAAAGAUCAAGCUACUAAAGAUCAUGUCCUGAUGGUGAUGGUGGCCUGAAACCAACUGCAAAAACCUGAUCAAGGUAUCCUCAUGGUGGUUGUAGGGAGUGUGUCAGGUGACUUUCCCAACCGACCUCCUUUAGGGUGCGAGAAGUGAGGCCUACUUCUCAAGAGUAGCAUUAAUGUGGCCGCGGGGUUUAGGAGCAAAUGUCCUAAAUCUCCGUUGGACCUGAGCUCGGGCAGCACUGCAUGGUUAUGCAAUCAGAAGGAGUGAAACAGUCUUAAAAUACUGUCUGUGUUUUCCACUGAUGUGUUUGAAAUUAAGUGGUGUGUGGAUAAAAAUACAACGAGCUAAAUAUACACAAUGAAUGAC